AUGGUGCCCAACGCAAAUCCAAUCUGGAGCACGCACAACGCAAACUACAAAAGCCCAGAGGAGUAUAGGACUGAAUCUCUUCAAUCUUCUGCGCUGGCGGGGAUAUGCAGAGGGUUUCAACUCCUCCUCGAGUCUCAAGGUUCCGAACUUAGACAAUUGGUCAAGUUCCACAAGAGCUGGUAUGAGAUGGUUGAGCAGUAUGCAGGGCGGAAUCUGACAAAGGAGAGCGACAAGAUCCCUGCCUUACUCGGGGUAGCCGACUUUAUCGAGAAAAGCUCCGCUUGGGAAUGCAUUGCAGGCUUAUGGUGGGAAUGCCUAUCCAUAAACCUGCCUUGGAAUGUCAAGACUGCAACCGGCUCGGCGAGGUCAUCAUUUCCCGCGCCGACCUGGUCUUGGGUGUCAAUACGAGGUGGAGUUGAGACACAAUUACAACACGUCAAGACAGAGUCACAAAACACUACGAUACACUAUCUUAUGUCCUUCCAGGGCUGUGAGAAUAUUAGCCGGCACAAUUGGCGGAUCACCAAUGCUGGGCUCAAGAUGCCGGCUCGAAUUUGUGACUUCUCCAAGUUUAACCCUCAGGUCAUCUUAGAUCGCCCCGAUGCUGAGCCGGAGGUCUCACUGACUAGGAGUGAAGCCUAUGUACCUAUGCUCAAAUUUGAUGGAGUUAGCACGACGGAGCGAGAAAGCUCUGAGAUCCACGGCCUGAUUGUCAAGCGCACGUUAUAUCUUCGCGAUGACUUCGAACGAAUUGGGAACUUUUCAAUGUAG